AUAUAUCGUUACCCUAAUUGUAAUACCACGUAUCAUCAAAUUUGCUGAAAUUGAUAUUCUAGCAUAAAUAAAAAGUAACCAGUAUUGCACACCAUCUGUAAAAACCACGUAUCAGUUCAAUCAAUACGAAACGAGCUAUUUCAUUUCAAAGAAUACCGCGUAACAUCAUCCAUAAAGUUAGCUGAAAAAAUACCUCGUAUGAACAGCUGUUUGCACGUGGUCCUUAUGAAGUGCGCAUCACGCUGCGACAAGUUAGAGGAAUAAGCUGAUUUUAGCAAAGAUGUCAAGCAGAAGUAAAAGGAUUCUGGCUGCUGCUUUGGAAACAGAUAAAAACAGCCAGGUAUUAGAAGAAGCGCUUGCACAUUCAAUCAUUUUUACAAAUGAAGAUGUUAUUAUUGAAAAUGUGACUAAUAACGGACUGUUCGAAAGGAAUUUCUGAAAUUGACUCUGUUCUCCCACUAACGUUGAGUUAUGAUGAUAUGAAUGUAGAUAUCAUAGACGCAUUGGUACAUAAUGCUGAUCAUGUGUCACCAUCUAAGCAUGCGGACGGAAGUACAGUUUUACCAAUUGCAGCUUCAGGCGAGAACAACGUUUCCCAAUUACGUUAUGCUGACAUAGCUUCCCAAUCUGUUUCAAAAAGUGAUUUGAAUGGCCCUACUGAAAACCUGCAAACAUCAAGUGAACUUUUAUAUGGAGAAAUGAAUGCAGCAGCUAGAAGACAAGACCAGUCUGUCCCAAAGGAUGCUGAUCGGGAGUAUGAAAUGGAAAAAGAAAAUCAACUUGACGAACCUGAUUCAGACAAGAACCUGAACGACAGAAGAAACCCAAGAGAAAAAGGAAACCUGAAAAUAUUCAUUGGGCUAGGGAAAAGACAAAACGUAACAGAAUGCAAGGCAAGGAUUAUCUAGGAUACAGUCGAAGCAAAACUGGUCAAGUACUACACAAUAGCGAAACGCAAUGCAGAAGCUUAGGUCCAGCCUGCUCCUCCAUGAAGUGCUUGAAAUACAAAAAGAGACACUGUAAUACUAUAACUCAUGAGGAGCGCUUGUCGAUUUUUAAAAAAAUUUGGACCGAUAUGUCUUGGGAGCAAAAACAGAUAUAUGUAGCAAGUUUGAUGGAAAAGAGAGAAACCGGAAGGAAAUAUGUGAAGCUUCACAAUCGGGAAAUUGAGCUACCCACGGACUACGUGAAAGUAACAAGAGAAGCGCGAUUAAAACCAGAACCGUACGAAGUUAAAUACAUGAACCAUACGGAUUUGAUGAUAUUAGAGACCAAAUGGUAUAUCAUAGUAUCAGACCAGGAAAAAAAAGCACAUGACCCAACAGUAACUAAUUUAAGAGAGAUCCACUAUCAAUCAGAAGGCAAAAUUCAAAUUAAACUGCAGUUUCAAGAUGAGCUCACUGACCUACCUCAAAGAAUUUUAAAGAAGCCAUGUAUGAUAUACCACCAAAGACUUUAUACAGAUAGAUUGAAAAUAUCAAACAAGAAAUAUGACCAUUUGCAAGAUCUGAAAUCUACUCUAGCAGAUGAGGUACACAGUUUCUAUGAGAACCUGCCUUAUGAGUAGGAAGACAAACAUCCUUGUCAUCCUUUUCUACUGUUUUCUUUAGAAUCUCUGUAUUAGUUUCAUUUAAAUAUUGUACAACAACAAUGUUCAAUAAAGCCCUGUUUGGUAUAUUGUUUGAAUAAUGAAACA